AUGACGACAACUACAGACAUUUUUAAGAAUGAUAUCUUGAAAGGAAAAAUCGCGUUCGUGACUGGAGGUGGAAGUGGGAUAUGUAAAGGUAUGACCGAAGCAUUGCUUACUCAUGGAGCAAGCGCGGUAAUUACGAGCAGAAGUCUCGAGCGUUUAGAGAAGGCAGCUGAAGAAAUGCGUAAAGCUACAGGUGGCGAAAUUUUGCCUGUGGCAGCUGAUGUACGUAAGCCUGACGAGGUUGAAAAAGCCGUAAAGAAAGCUAUUGAAACAUUCGCCGGAAAUUUCCUAGCAUCCGCCGAGACUCUUUCAUCUAACGCUUUCCGUACCGUAGUGGGAAUAGACCUGUUUGGUACUUUUAAUGUCACCAAAGCUUGUUUCCCAUACCUGAAAAAAUCUAAAGGAUCGAUAAUUAAUGUGUCGACGACGUUAUAUUAUAAUGCCACCUUGUUUCAGGCUCACGUUUCAGCCGCAAAAGCAGGAAUCGAUAGUUUGACCAGGACACUUGCAACGGAAUGGGGACCUUAUGGUAUUCGUGUGAACUCUCUCUCGCCAGGAACAAUUGCCGAUACUGAAGGAUUCUCAAGAUUACUACCAGUAGCUGCCAAAGAAAAAACUCUUAAAGAAAUCCCGCUACAACGAUAUGGUAAAAUCGAUGAUGUCAAGCACGCGACUGUUUUUUUAGCGUCAGAUGCUGCUGCUUAUAUAUCAGGUCACAUUUUAGUAGUAGAUGGUGGCGAUUGGUUGAGGAAAGUUGGAGUACUGCCAUAUCCCGCGAGCGUCUUAAAUCCAAACGAAGCUUUGAGUAAAUCAGGAGUUAAAUUAUAA